AUGGCGCAUCAACAGCUACCGGAUUAUGACGACGAAAGGGACAACUGGAAGGCAUACAUCAUCAAAGCAGAGGCUUACUUCGAAGCGACGGGUAUCAGCGACCAGGCCAAGAAGAGGGCAUUGCUUAUCGCGGCGCUGAACACAAGAACCGUGCAAGUGCUCGCAGGAAGGGUGGCACCAAGGAAGAUCAACGCGCUCACCUAUGACGAAGUAGUCAAAACACUGGAUGAUUACUUCGACCCAAAGCGCCACGAAACUACGGAAAGUUCCGGUUUUUCAACCGCUCUCAAAAGGAAGGAACCGGAAAUCAUGGCACUCGCAGCCGAAGCGGCGGAACAAGCGGCGGAGAAAAUAAGCUCAGAGCUAACAGUGCUUAACGUUGAUGCGCGACAGAGAACGGGGAACGAGGUGGUGUCAGAAUGCAGCUGGUGUGGCAGCAGCAGGCAUAGCAGCAAUGCUUGUGGUUGGUUGAGGGCACGGUGCUACCGCUGCGGUAAGCUAGGGCAUAUUGCUAAGAAGUGCUUGAGCGACGCCCACGGUCUAAGGCCUAGGUCAAGCAGGCGAGCACCUGGGGACGUACGCGGUCGAGCUCUUGCAGUAAAUGCUGACUCAAAUGACGAAGACUUUGAUGAUGCUACGCAUGUGUGGACACUAAGCUCGGCACGUAUUGCUCAGUUGGAACCGCCUAUCAAACGCACUUUCACUUGGGGUGGUGUGGACGUGUCAAUGCACGUAGAUACUGGCUCCCCAGUGUGUGUCGUACCAGGGCAAAUUUUCGAGAAACACCGACACCAAUGGCCAAUUCCGAAGCCCACAAACAUCAAGCUAUCAUGCUACCUCGGAAAAAUUCCAGUGAUGGGGGAAUUGCGUGUGCCGGUGUCGUAUAAUGGCGUAUCAUUUGACUGUCCCUUGAUCAUCCUAGACUGUACAGGUCCCAGUCUAUGCGGACGUGACUUGAUCGUCCAGAUUUCAAAGUCAGGAAUGCCAAUCUUCAACCUGAGGGCCCAGCCGGACAUCCAUUCGGGAACGACCACGUCUGCCGUAGAGGACAUCCUCGCCGAGUUUCAAGACGUGUUCCAGCCAGAAGUCGGAGUGAUUGAUGGGCCCCCGGAGCGCCUACUGCUAAAGAAGGGAGCCACACCAAAAUUUUACCACCAGCCGCUCCUGGGCCUCCUGAAGUCUGACAGGCCUACACAACCACUGCCUGCUGCUCGUAUCCAGCGGUGGGCGUUGUAUCUCGGAGGAUUCCGCUACAGGCUACAAUACUGUCCUAGAUCUACAAAAACGGACGAGUGGACGGUGCCAGCGGACGUCGCCGUUCAUGUCCGUAAUUACGGGCAGGGAGAUAAGUGGACUCCGGGAAGAACCGCAUCCGUAUCCGGCGCCCGGAUGGUCACCAUUGAUACACCUGAGGGACCCGUACGGCGGCACGUUGAUCAGGUACGCUCGGCCCAGUCAAGCCCGGGGCAGUGUGAACCUAUCCCCGGAAACAAGGAAGAGACAGAACCAUCCACGAAGCAGGUAGUGUCCCCAGUACGACCACAUAUCCAGGGGCCGACGCAAGACACCCCACCUGCAGAUGCUGGCGAAGUACCGCUACGUCGUUCAACGCGACAGCGGAAACCACCACAGCGUCUCUACAAUCUUAAG